AAUCUAAAUGGUUGACGUGUAAGUGAUGACAGCAACAUAAUAAACACUUUUUCUUCCAGUUAACAUAUUGUGGCCAAAAUAAGGUAACCAAAAUGUGGAAGGGUCCUGGGCAGGACCCCGGCGGAGGCCCCGAGACGGGGCCGCCCCCCGGCUCCAGUCAAGAACUGUCGGACCUCAAAGACCAGUUCGAGCAACAACAAGUCCUGAUAGCACAACUCAAGGAAAUGAUACGUAAGAACGAGCAGAGCAACGUCACCCAGGAAAAAGUCGAUGAAUAUAUGAACACUCUUUCGAAGCGCGGGGGCAGAGCCAAGAAGCUGAAGCGCGACGACGACAAUAAAAAAACAGCUGAGAUUCCCGCCAGUCAGAAAAUCAGUUUGUUGCGUCAACAAGUGGAGGAGAAUAAGGUGCGGCUUGCGGAAAGAGGAAAAAGCAAGAAGGGGAUUGAGGAUAUGGUGACACAGCUGAAGGCACAGUUGGACGAUUCGCAGCAGUUGAUUUCGCCGCUGAAUUUGUCGCUGCAGGAUACCAAGGAGUAUAGUGAGAGUUCGAGCGCGCAGGAACUCUACACUGUGUUGUUGACUAAGGAGAAGCGAAUCAGCGAUUUGUUGGCCAAUGUGCAAAAAUUGGAGUCCAAUGUGCUUGAUUUGCAAGAGAACGUGAAAGAAAAAGAUUCCGUGAUUGACGCCAGAACGAAAGCGAUUACUUUAAUGACAGAGAACUUAAGUAGGAAAGGCAAAAACACCUUAGACGCUCUGGAUGAAACAAAGGAGCAGAUGAGGAAAAUGCAGGAGAAUUUCGUCGCUCUAGAAGCAGAUAUGAAGGCCAGACAAAUGAAACUACUGGAUGAUUUGAGACAAAAGAACUACGAGAUCGCGGAACUACAAGAAAUUAACGGGAGUUUGGAGAAGCAGAUGGAGGAGCUAAAAGAGACUAGACCCGCAGAAGACACAGAAUACACAGAAGAGUUGGAAGGGUUAAGGGGUGAUAAUUCAAGAUUAACAGAAACUGUAGCCCAAAAAGAGUCAAAAAUCAAAGAGUUGGAGGAAAGCAUAGCUGCGUUCAAACAAAAAGAGUCAGACAAUACAGAAAGUGAGGAAAUAAGUAAGCUUAAAAAGCAAUUGGAAGAGAGCAAUAAAAACAUGAUUAAAGUCAAAGCCCAACACAAGUCAAAAGUGAAAGAGUUGACGAAAAAAAUUGACGCUUUUAAAAAAGUUAGUGACGUGAACGCCGAAAUCGUCAAGUUUGAAGCGGAAAAUAGCCGGCUUCAGCAGAGAAUCGCCGAAUUAGAAGAAGAAAAAGGUAGUUUGCAGUUGAAACUGGUGGAGUCUGAUUCUGUUAAAGGUUCUGAAGCACCAGAAUAUAAAAUUGAGUUAGAAGAGAGAAUCCAGGACCACGAGAGACAGCUGGAAGAAAAAGACAAAGUCAUAUCCAUUUUAGAAGCUGAAAUUUCCCGUUCGAAGUCCGAACUCGUCUCCCUAACCGAAAAACUGACCGCCCUUUCGCACUUGGAGAACGCCCAAGUCACCUCCGAGAUGGCGUCGAUUCAGUUCGAGGAGCAGAUGGAGAGUCUCGAGAACGAAAAGAAGCAACUAUCGACCGAAAACGACACCCUAGCCAAAGACAAAGAGCAACUGCUCGAGACGAUCGAGCAGCUGAAGAAAGAAAAAGCGGAGAUUUCGGGCAAGCUCGACCACUACAUCCAAGAGAACAUGGAGCUGAUCGACAAGCUCGAGAAACUGAGCGCCGAGAAGGUCUCCUCGGCCGAGAGCAUCGAAAUCGUGGAGGCGCUGACUCAGCAGGAGAAGCUCGAGUUGGAAGCGUACCAGAAGAACUUGGAUAUGGUGGCGGGCAAUCUGAAAACGAGCGAAGAGAAUCUGCCUCAGGUUGAUUUGAAUGAGAGUGUUAAUGAACUGACGGAAGAAACUUCCGAACUUUUGCAGAAAAUCGAGUUGUUCACGGUGGAGAGGAGAGAGGUGAUGGAGAAGAUGGAGCAGUUGAAGCAGGAGAAUUUGAGUCUGAGUUUGAAGAUUAAGGAGAUCGAGAAUAACAGAGACGUGCUGGCGGAGACUUAUGAACAGCUGCAAAGCGAGAAGGAGGUGUUGGAUGCGAAGAUAGAAACAGUAGAAGGGGAGAACACCACUCUCAAAGAGAAACUAAACCAAAUGAGCGAAAACACGCGAGACGACGAAGACCAGUCAGCCAAAAUUAAAGAGUUAGAAGAUGAAAUAAGCACGACUAGAAAAAUUACGGAAGAUUUAGAAGCGCAGAAUUCGUCUUUGAAAGAAAAACUAAACCAACAAAACGAAGAUCGUGAAAAAGACGAUACCGCAAGUAAAGAAAUCGAAGAAAAAUCUUCCCGAAUUCGUCAAUUGGAAGACGAAAUAGCUUCCAAUAGAAACUUAGUUGAAGAAAAAGAGACGCAGUUGCACGACUUGACCCAACUAGUCCAAACUGCGCAGUCGCAAUUAGACGACAGAAGCAAAGAAAUCAGCCAAUUGAAUAACACCAUCAUCGACUUAAACCGCACCCUCGCCGACCUCGAAAACGACAACAAAAGCCUCCAAAUGAAGAUAACCCAACUAGAAGAGCACAAAUCCAACCUGAACCAACUAAUCGACAAAAACCAAGAAGAACUAGAAGCCAUAAGCAACACAGAAUGGGAGAACCGCCGCCUCCUCGAAAGCAAAGACAACGAAAUCACCAAACUCAUGAAAGAGCGCGACAACACCGAAAGCGUGAUUCUAGAUCUUCAGAAAACGAUCCGCGAGAAAGACGAAACCUUCCACAAGAUGACUUCCGACUUCAAAAACAAGUACUUACACCUGCAGAAGCAGUUAGAAGAGAACUCCGGAAGCCUCCAAAACAUCACCGCGCCUCUGCAAGCCAAAAUCGAAGAACUCACUUCCAAAAACAAAGAACAGCUAGAAAAAAUGAAGAAAAUCGCCGCUAACUUGAAGAAAAAAAAUCAAGCGUAUCAGGAACUCGAAGACAAACUUAAAGAUAGUCAAAGUCGGCAUGAAGUUGAAAUUAAGACUUCGUUGCAGCAGUUGCACGAUCUAGAAAGCGAAUUCUCGCGGCUUCAACAACAAUUGGACGAUAAGUGUGAAGAAGUGAGGGUUUUGGAGGAGAAGAACGUUGAUUUGCAGAACGUCAUCACGGAGUUGAGGGUGAAAGUGGAUAAGAGCAACGAAGUGAGUCUGCAGCAGGAGUUGCUGCUAACUAAGGAGAAUCUAGGGAGUGUGGAGAGCUCCCUGAGGGCGAAAAUACAGGAGUUGGAGAUGAUCAUAGAGACUCAGGAGGGCGAGUUGACGAAAGUGCGCGAUCGUUGCAGCCGACUGGAGGAAGGCAUCUCCUUCGUGGAGGAAAGAAGGUUGAGUUUGGAGCGCAAAGCCAACGAACUGGGGGCGGAAUUGGAGGAGAAGGCCAUCACGUGUGAAGAAAUGAGCCGCAGCGAAGAUUUGUUGGAAAAGAGGUUGGCAGCACUGACCGCACACGACGAAGCCAUCGAGAAAAAAUUAGAAGACGCGGUUAGUGACAAUCAGGAGUUGAAUCAGCAGAAUCAGAAGCUAGCGGCGAAGAACGAGAAGUUGAAGAAGAUCGUAGAAGAGUUCAGAGAGAAAAUACGGGAUUUGGAGGGGCAACAAGGCGUCGUGGAAGAACUAGAAACACAGAACGAGGAAUUGAAGAAACAGAUUCACGUUCUAGAAAGCGACUUGAAGACUUUGCAAAAUGAGUAUGAAAAAAUGGUAGAGGAAAGUAAGAACGACUUUGACAAAGUGAGUGGGGAUUGGCAGGCGCAGUUCGAAGAAAUUCUAACGGAGAAAGGGGAGUUGAUGAUCAAGUGUGAGAAGUUUGAAGAAGAAUUGAAAGAAAUCACUGAGAAAGAGCUCGGAUUUAACAACGAAUUGAUCGAGUAUAAGACGAAACUAGAAAGUAGCGAAGUCGAAAUGCGGUCGUACGAGGAACAAAUCCAGAGGUUGUCGAAGGAGAAAGAAGAGUUAGAGAAAUUGAGAGAGACGGUGAUUCAACAAGAAGACGUCAUACGCAACUACGAAGAAAAUAUGUCUUCAAUGACCACACAGAACGACGAAGCGAAGAAGGAACUUGAAGCCUUGAAACAAGCUCUUGUGGAAAAGGAAGAAAAUAUACAAUCGUUGCGAAGCGAAAACGAAGAUAUAAAGACAACAGAAAGCGAAUUGCGGAAGAUAAUCACCGACAAAGAAUCCGAUCUUCAAAAUCUUCAUAGACAACAACCGUCACACAAUCUGGCGUCGUUCUUCGACACCGUACCUCGUGAAGAUCCCGCCGUCACCCGACUCCAACAAGAACUCGCCUCAUCCAGAACCAAAAUCGAAGAUCUUGAAAAGACCAUCCAGAGUUUGAAGCCGACAGUUCCUGAUUCACAACCCAUUCCCACUUUCGUGUGGUCAGGCCAGACCAGCGAUCCGUUCGAUUUCAUAGAACCCACGAAAGCAACCACCCUGAACGCCCCCCCACCACCCGAAAACACCCACCAAGACCUACAAGACAAAGUCAAAACUCUAGAAUUCAUGCUCUUCAACUCGGAAAGAGAAAAAGAAGACGCUCUUGGUCAGUGUCAAGAACUCACCAACGAGCUGACGCGCCUCAUCUACGAAAAACAACAGAAUGUAGAAUCUCAAAUAUUGCAACCAAGUGACAUUAUUGACACCCCUGACACUUGCAAAGACCUGCGGAAGAUCGAAUUUGAAGAAACGCAAGCCCCGCAAGUGUCGUCAUUGGAAGGAGGUCCGGUUGUUGAAGAGGUGGUACAUGCCAAGGACGCAUAUUUGUGUUAUGGCGACGACAAACAAGUCGAGUCACAGAUCCUGUCAGAAGUUGACAUCGCCGACACUCCUGCCACCCGUCGAGAACUCCUAAAUCUCGAGUUUGAAGAAACCCAAACCCCGAUUAGUAGCGAUAGACCGGUGAAAGAGGAACCUUGUACGUCCAGAGAGGCGUAUUUGUGUUAUAACACCUUCGGGGAGAACGACGAUGGCUGGGGUUGGGGUCCUGAAGAAGCUAAACUAGAGGAAGAACACCAAAGGAGCGAAAACGUCGACAGUUUGUGCACUCGAAUCCGCGUCCUGGAGGCAGAAAGAGAGAACCAUUUGGAAGAAAUCCGACAACUGCAAGUGAAAUCCGGGAAGUUGAUCAAGAAGUUGAAGGAGUUUAAAGUGAAGAACGAAGAACUGAGUCAGCGGAAGAAGUCAGAGGGCGACUUAUUCAACUUAGACGACGCGAUUCAAGAGGAGUUGAAGCUGCAGAUACAACAAGUGGAGAAGAAGUUGAAGGAGACGGCAGCCGAGUUAGAAAAGGAGAGGAGCGAAAAGGGAGCUAUUGUAAAGAAAAUCGACAUCUUAACCACCGCCAACGAGAGAAUGGUGGAAAUGAAGGAAAAACAAGACAUAGAGUUGCUCGGUUGGCAACAAAACGUCAGAGAGUUGAGCGCGAAACUCGAACGCCUGGAAUGGGGGGACGACGGAUUUGCCUCCGUCGACAAAUCAUCACCAGCGAAAAUCAAAGUUGAAACCGGAGAGGGUGAACUUUUGGCCAAGCGGAUCGAGGAGUUGAACGAAACCAUCAAAGAGUUGACGCUCGACAACGAGGAGUUGCAGGCGCUCCUGGAAGAACAACGAGAACUGAGAAUACAGGCGGAGAAGUCGACCAGUCAGGUGGAUCCAGAGCGGGAGAUUCUCGCCGAAGAAACGAAACGACUGCAAAGAGAGUUGCAAGUGAGCGUCGAGGAGAAGAAACAACUCCAAGACGAAACAAACGAACUGAUUCGAAAGAACACCGAACUGAGUCACAAGUUUGACGACAUCCAGAAACAGUAUUCCGAGCUUGACGCUUUCAGAGCUACGAAAGACGAUUUGAUCGCCCAGUUGAACGCGAAAUUGUCGGACGCGGAAGUCUCCCUAGAAAACGAUAAAGAUCGACUGGUACAAGAAAUGGACUCCAUUCGGGAGUCAGUGGAGACCGAAAACCACCAACUGUUGACAGAAUUGCAAGAAAAGAACGUGCAAAUAGAGGCUUUAAUAACCUCUCAAGCCUCAACCGAGCAAGAAAAACUAUCCCUCUUGAACGAACUCCAAGACAAGAACGCCCAAAUUGAGUCUUUGAGGGCUUCAAUGACCUCCCAAACCUCCACCGAGCACGAAAAAGAAGUCCUAUUUAAAGAACUCCAACAAAAGAACGCGCAAAUCCACACCUUACAAGAGUCCUUAGAUGCAGACAUCUCCUCCCUGAAGCAAGAACUCGACAACGAAAUCAAGAAAGCCGAGACUCUCGUUCAGGAAAAGCAAGUCUUGAGUGAGACUCUUUCUGGAAAGGAGACGGAAAUCGUGAGACUGUCAGCGGCUAUGGAACAAAUGACUCAAGAGUGGGAUAUGAGGAUCGACCAAAGAGGCUUCGACGUUGCGGAAAGCUGGAAACUGCAUUUGGAGUCCAGGGAGACCGAGUUUGCCCAAAUCGAGACUCUCUUGAGGAAGGAAAUCGGCGAACUCGAGGAAAAAACUAACGCGCUUGUCAACGAAAACAACGAGUUGAGGAAAAACGUAGACGCGGAGAUUCGAAACGAGGUUGACAGGGUUGCCGCUUUGCAACAACAAAUCAACGACAGGCAGCAAUACAUUAACGAUUUGACGAGGAGUUUGCAGGAAAAACAGAGCGAGGUGGAAAAAAUACAAGAGGAGUUGGAUAGUACGAAGAAGGGUUUGGAAGAUGAGAAAAUGAUCAUAGACGCGGUGAUCCAGUUUAUAAACCAAUCGAAAGAAGUAGUCGAACGUGAUAAAGAUUCUUUAAUUAAAGUAUAUUCUGAGAAAGAGCAGACCAUUCUAACGCUACAACGCGAGUUAGAAGAAACCAAAUCCACCCUUACUCGUUUACAAGAAGAGCAUUCCGCAAAACUACAAGAAGUACAAACUUUGGCUAAUCAGCUCGAAGAACGCAACCAAACUAUAACUGCACUCACCAAUCGCGUCCAAGAGAUGCAACACCUGAAGGACUACGAACACGAGAACAUUGAAAACUUGCAACAAAACCUCCUAGACUAUCAACAAAUUAACACCAAUAUCAACAGUCAGCUACAAAUGAAGAGCUCCCAGCUCGACGAUAAGGAAAGAGAGAUCGGGCGAUGGAAACAAACACUUGAUGAGAAAGACAGAGAGCACGCUUACGCUAUCGAGAAUCUGUCUCAAGAAUAUAGAGCUUCCAUUAACGAACAGUCGCAGGAAAUCGAGACUCUGAAGCGACGAAUCGCGGACACCGAAAACCACUACGAAGAGUUACUUAGUAGUAGGGAAAGUGAGCUCGAAAGUGCUCGAUUUGAACUGGGCAACCAAUCAGAAACCGCCACGAGUAAAACUAAAGAAAUUGACGCUCUCGCUGCACAAUUGAGCGCCAAAAUCGAAGAAUGCGCAAGCUUGGAGGCGAAGAUCAACGAACAGAGUGUGUUGAUAGAUGAAGAAAACCGACAGUUGAGUGAAUUGAGGGGGAUAAUUGAAGAACAAGUUCUAAAAAUUGAAGAUUUGAAAACCGAGUUGUAUCAAAAGAGUAAUGAUUAUGAUUCGUUGAUUGCCGAGAUGGAUAUCAGUCGUACCAACGUGAAAGCAACUGAACCAUCGCGCCCGAAAGUUGAAGAAAACGAAGAUUUAACUGAGCCAGUGAGUCGGGCCGAGUUAGAUUUGGCGUUGUAUAUGUUACACCAGAGGGACGUCCGUUGCGAGGAGUUAACAGUCGAGUUAACACAGUUAUUGGAAGAACGCGAUACUCUUCAACUCCGGCUGUCCAAUGUCAUUCGAGAGAAAGAAGAAUUGGGGAGAAAAAUCAAAGAUGUUGAGGUUGUUGAAGCCGCUGUUGCUCCUAGUACGAGUACGUCUGAUAAAGUCAAGAUGGAAGUGGCAGUGGAAGCUUUUGAUCCUCUUACAACUAAGUUGUCUGAGUUGAAAACGGUGGGGUAUAAGAAGGAUAAGACGAUUGUGGAUGAGCAGGAGUUGCGGCGGUUGCAGCAGUUCUCGAUUAUGCAGCAGCACCGGGACGCCGCGUCCAAGCUGCCGCCAGAGGCCGCCGCCAGGCUGGUGGACGCCAGUUACACCUUAUCCCGUGAUGUGCAAAGUCCGUCGAAGGUCUUGCUGAACUGGCUCUGGGGCCGGAGUACGCCUAAAGUAAAUAACAUAUAGUCGAAAAUGUGCCUAAAUAUUUUUAACAUGUUGCGUGUAGCGUGAUAAGGUUCAAAUGGUUGUUGUACAGGAAUUUUUGUAAAAUUUGUAAUAUAAAACUGUCGGCAUUUAUUGUAUAAAUAAUUGAAAUGUGCUUUGAGCAAUAAACUAUUUAUAGAACAUCAA